AUGACCUCUCAGGCAGUUGUAUGGAUUGCACUGGGGCUGCGACGAAAUCCUUCCACGUACGAAGUGGCUGGAGCCUCGUUGGUCACCGCUGGUUUUGAAGUUCCACUCCUUGCGCUCUCCUUGUCUCCCAAACCGAGACAAUGGGUACCAAUCACGCAGGUCACUACAUCAGCGGUCCGACUUGCCCUGCUUGUCUUUGUGACAACUGCGAUUCUAUUUGAGACUAGACAGAGGAAGAAAAAGAUCUCGGAAGAGUCGCGCCCUUUCCUAAAUGGUAAUCACACAAGAUAUGGCGCAGCGAAUGGCAACGACUCGGACAAUAGCAGUGUGGACUCCAAGAGCGAGAGCGACUCGGACACCGGCAAAAAUAAGAAUGAUGCAGCUGCACGGAGGAAAAGGCUCCGCGAUGAGAAGUUGCAGUCACUUGGGGGCUGGUGGGAUUAUCUGAAAGGGUUUUCGAUCUUUCUGCCCUAUUUGGUCCCAAAAAACAAUCUCAAAGUACAGCUUUGUAUUGCUACCAGCAUCUUCUGUCUAGUAUGCCACCGAGCCUUGAAUAUUCUCAUUCCUCAGCAACUAGCAGAUGUAACUGAUAGCAUCUUUGCCAACAAAACCCCGUAUGCUUCACUAGGAACAUGGGCGCUGCUGCAGCUCAUUCGUGGCGGAGCGGGGCUAGGAUUGAUUGAGUCACUCGUCAAGAUUCCGAUCAGGCAGUUCUCUUACCGUCAGAUUACCAAUGCUGCCUUCAGCCAUGUCAUGAAUCUAUCAAUGGAUUUCCAUAUCGAGAAUGACUCGGCGGAAGUUAUGAAGUCUAUCGACCAAGGUGGAGCCCUGAACAAUCUGUUAGAAGUUGCCCUUCUAGAUAUUGUCCCAACAGUGGCUGAUUUGGCUAUUGCAUGCGUUGUUUUCUAUUUAAAGUUCAACGUCUACGCCUCCCUUUUGGUGGUGAUAGUAUCUAUUGCUUACGUCGCUGCAGAGGUCUUCACCUCUAACUGGAACAUGGAUGCCAGACGUGAAGUCACACAGACACAGCGAAACGAAACUCGCAUUAUGCACCAGGCCGUGCAAGGCUGGCAGACUGUCACAUACUUCAACCAGUUCUCGUACGAGAGGUCUCGCUUUGGAGAAGCAGUCGACCUAUGCUUGGAUGCCAGCGCCCGUUUCGGUCGACGCCGAGCAGUCGGCAAGUCACUCCUAGAUUUACUGAAGCCAAUUUGCUUCGUUGGUCUCUCCUCGCUUAUUGUACACGAGAUCUCUGUGGGACGUUCCUCUACGGGAGACUUUGUCUUCUUCAUUCAGUAUUGGUCUUCACUUAUCUCUCCGUUGGCCUAUCUUUCCGCGCAAUAUCGCUGGUUAGUCUCUGAUCUAGUUGAUGCCGAGCGUCUACUCUUCCUAUUCCAAUCUAAGCCCAGCGUCAAUGACAAGGAGUAUGCUAUGCCACUGAAACCUGGAAAUGGUCGUGUUUCAUUCCACCAUGUUGAUUUUGCCUAUGAUUCUCGAUUAAAGACCCUUAAGGAUGUGGAUAUUUCUAUCGAACCCGGGACCACAGUUGCACUAGUCGGUAUGACUGGUUCAGGAAAGACAACAAUUCUUAGACUUCUUCUCCGACUUUACGACGUCACUUCGGGCCAAAUCGAGAUUGACGGCCAAGACAUCCGUGACAUAACCCUCAGCUCGCUACGCCAGACCAUCGGCGUCGUUCCACAAGAUCCUGUCCUAUUUAACGCGUCUAUCAUCGAGAAUCUGCGAUAUGCCCGGCCCUCGGCCUCAGAUGAAGAGGUCCGCGAAGCAUGUCGCGCGGCAGCUAUUCACGACAAAAUUCUCACUUUCGUGGACGGAUACAACACCACAGUCGGAGAACAGGGUGUCAAGUUGUCUGGUGGCGAACUACAACGCAUAGCCAUUGCUCGGGUUUUCCUAAAGAAGUCUCCGAUUCUCCUGCUGGAUGAAGCAACGAGCGCCGUAGAUUCGAACACGGAAUCAGAUAUCCAGGUUGCGUUGGAUCGAUUGAGAGCCAAGCGAACUACGUUUGUCAUUGCGCAUCGACUUUCAACUAUUUCCAGCGCUGAUCGAAUCCUUGUUGUGCAUGAGGGACGGGUUGUUGAGAGCGGGUCACAUCAAGAGCUGCUGAAGAAGGAGGGUGGAAGAUAUCAGAACCUGUGGCAGAAUCAGUUUGGGGGUAUCAAAGGUGGAAAGCCUGCGCUGUAA